AUGGACACUCCAAAUACGCGAUCAAGGAGGAAAAGGGAAUUGGAAAAUAGUUCACAAGAAGAUGGAUUGAAAGUAGCUUGGGUACAUGAUUCCCAGCUCAGAAAAGCAGUCUUACAAGCUACGGAAGAUGACAUAAUAUCACCUCCUACACCUACUCAAAGACCAAGACCCAUCUCAUCCCUACUCAACUCAUCUUCGUCAGGCAUCACAUCAUCAUCAUCAUCAUCAUCGAAUCGACCACCACGUAAACGACCUUGUAGAGCACAUCGAUCAUUACCUACAUCGAUGAGACAACCACAAUCGGGAUACGGAGAACCUUCUUCUGGUCCAAGUAGUUUACCUUCCAUGUCAAUAUUGUCUUCAAACGCAACUUCAAUUUCAACUUCAACUUCAUCAACGACGUUUUCUGGUCAAGGUGAAAGAACAAAACUUGAUUAUCUGUUAGACAGAAUAUCGUUAUUGUCUUCACCAAUGGAAGAAGCACCAUAUAAAAAGAGAGAAACUUUCAUUUCCGAGCCAAAGGAAUUGGAGAUCGAGACUCCAAGUAGGAAUUUACGUUCAAAAAAUCAACCAAAAACAAGUGGAAUAAUACAUUCAACUCCUUUGAAAUAUGGUAUAAAUAAAGCGCUAAAUCAAAAUACCAAAUCGAAUAUAAACAAUCAACCUCCUCUCCUAAAUAACCCUCAAGAGAUCUUCAGAACAGAUAAGCCCGCACAUUCUUCUACACCUACACGAAAACCUUUAUCACCUAUAAAAGGUGUAGCACCGAGGAUUGGUUUAGGAUCACAGCAUAAAUCGAAUAACAAAAAUACCGUUAAAACUGGAUGGACCAGAACGAAUAGUGGGAGAGCAUUCCGAACACCUUUUUUGGAAGCAGAUGAAAAUGUUAGAUCAUCACCUGGGAGAAUAAAUCAAUUUCAUAAUAUACGUAAUCCUUCUUCUGGUGGAUCAGUCAGAGGUCCUUCCUUAUUACCUCCCAUUCAAUCUAAAUCACUCCAAAGACCAAUCAAUUCCAGAUCAAAUACAUCUUCGUCUUCAUCUGCAAAUUCUUCCUUACCCCCUACACCACCCAUUCGGGCAAAAGAAAAACAUUUGAUCGAAUUCAAAAAUUUCGAUGUGGGUGAAAACGAGCCUGAAGAUACGAGUUUUGAUUCAUUUGAUGGAAUCUUCGCUGGAGGUGGAGAAGAAAUUGAAAGAUUGUUGAGGAGAAUUGAUGGCUCGGAUUGA